AUGGAACUGCUGACAGGUGAGAGGCAGGUGCAUCAUGGGACCUUUGAUCCAGCAUAUCUGUUUGUUGCAGAUGGAACAGAGACUGAGAGGCAAUCAACUUGCGAGUCAACCAGUACACUGUAUGGUUUGAAUUGCACUGUGUGGUUUGCUGGAUGUGUUACAUUUGGGAUCAUUAUUAUCCUGGGAGUGGUUUUCUUGGUAUGGUAUAAGUGCUGUGGAGAUGCAAAUAAAAAUCUGCUGGGAAGAUUUAAUGUCAUUGGAGGAGAGGAUACAAAUACGAAUUUGGACCUCCCACAUAAUGAGCCGCGCUCACAUGAAGUGGAUGUUAUUCUAGAUGGAAAAACAGCUCACUCUCAGCUGAAGAUAUCACACAAUGGGAAAGUUGUGGAGUGGGUGAAGCAGAAACAAGAACCACAGACAGAGAUUAACAAGAAUGACAUUGACAAGCAUUUUGAUGUGGCCCCAUAUGUGUUGGGCAGUAUGGGCCGUGCUAUGAGGGCCUACUGGGAGGUGUGUGUCAAGGCGAAAAAGGACUGGGUACUUGGUGUUACCAAGGUAACAGCUAACAGGAAAGGACAGUUGGUUCUCAACCCAGCCAAUGGCUUCUGGGUAAUCGGGAUCUCCGAUGGCAAAGACUUUACAGCAUUCAUAGAUGAUGAUGAUGAUGAUGAUGAUGUCCAUAAAGAAAUAAUUCUACACCGAGUGGGUAUCUAUGUGGAUUAUCAGGAAAGGAAGGUUACUUUCUACAAUGCAGAAGACAGCUCACUCAUCUAUUCAUUCACCAAAGGACCAAGUUAUCAGGAUGAUGUCCGCCCACUUUUCUCACCCUGGAACAAUGAUGCAGAUCCAAUCAGAAUAUUGUCCAUUGAAAGUAAAAAAUCUAAAUAAUCUAAAGCAUAAAUUAUCAUCUCUACAUCAAUCAAUAGGCUACUUUAUUGUGAUGGAAUGCUAAACACGAGUGGUCUUAACUACACUAAUGAUAGUCAAUCACUAAUGAUUGUCACUACAGAAAUAUUUACACAUUUGCUUGCAAAUGUUUAAAUUGUAUGAAACAUUUAGUUUAUUAUGGAAAUGUGUUGCUUUCUCACAUUGACUUUCUAUUCUUUGUCUAUGAUUUGAAUAAUAAUAGACAGCUAUUUCAGUUGUUUUUCUCAAACCACAAGGAUAUUAUAAGAUAAAUAAUAAAUAAUGCAUAGGUGAUGUUAUGCCUCCCUUCAUACACAUAUACUGUAAAAUGUAUUGAUUUGUGAAAAAUGUAAUAUUGCUUUUAAGACUUGGAUGUGUAUCAGUUUAUGACUUGUGAUCAUGAGGAUCAAUCAGUUUAUGCCAGCUCUUACAGAACAAUGUAUAGAUUGGGUAGGUUUGUAAUCAGCCAUUGGUAAGCACACUCUGCAUCAGAGGCCUUUACAAUGUCAAGACUGCUAUUCUGGGACCUCAUUAAUAAAAUGUUUGCACGCACAGA